CCUCAGGUGUGCUUCCGGGUUGAGAAGGUCGCCCGCGGGGGCGCCGGCGUCGCUCUCGGCAGGUGCUCGGUCUAUGGAGCCAGUAGGUGCCGGCGGCUGUAGCAGUAGCGGUAGCCGUGGCGGCGGCGGCGCGGAGGCAGGAGGCGGAGCCCGCGUUGGGGCCUUUGCCCCGGCAGGAUGCUACCUGGAUUGGCCGCCGUCUUUGCUCACAGACGCGGCUGGUCCUCUCUGUCCCGGCUCCCUCUGAGGUGCCCGGCGGCGCCUAGCCGCCCUGGCGGCCCCGCCCAGGGAUGGCAGAGCUUAGUGACGCUUGGAAGUUUCUCAAGCGUUUUACCAUGCAGUCAUCUACACGUUUACUCCAUGAGUCAAGUAAGAACUUACUCAAAUACUCAGAAAGAAGGACUGGACGUACAAAAUGUUCAGUUACCAUCAAGUGCAGUAAAACAUAUAUCCACUCCUGAUGAAACAGAUACCAGCCUUGGACUCCAAACCCCACUGAUUAAGCAAGAACCUCUCCAAGUAAGAGUUAAAGCAGUUCUUAAGAAGAGGGAAUAUGGACCAAAGUACACCCAGAAUAAUUUCAUCACUGGAGUCAGAGCAAUAAAUGAAUUCUGUCUUAAAUCCAGUGAUCUAGAGCAGCUGCGGAAAAUCAGACAAAGAAGUCCCCAUGAAGAUACUGAAUCCUUUACCGUCUACUUGAGAUCAGAUGUAGAGGCGAAGGCUUUGGAGGUUUGGGGAAGCCCUGAGGCUCUUGCUAGAGAGAGAAAGCUGCGUAAGGAAGCGGAGAGAGAAUAUAGAGAGAGGUUGUUUAGGAAUCAAAAGGUAUUAAAAGAAUACAGAGACUUCCUGGGACACACAAAGCCAAGGUCUAGAACAGCAUCAUUGUUUCUUAAAGGACCAGGAAAAGUGGUGAUGGUUGCUAUUUGUAUAAAUGGCUUGAACUUUAUCUUUAAAUUACUUGCUUGGAUUUAUACCGGUUCUGCAAGUAUGUUCUCAGAAGCUAUACAUUCAUUAUCUGAUACAUGCAACCAGGCUUUAUUAGCAUUAGGUAUCUCUCAGUCCAUACGGACACCAAACCCUAGUCAUCCGUAUGGUUUCUCAAAUAUGCGCUAUAUUUCCUCAUUAAUUAGUGGCGUUGGUAUUUUUAUGAUGGGUGCAGGACUUUCUUGGUACCAUGGAAUCAUGGAAUUACUUCAUCCUCAGCCUGUGGAAUCUCUUCUCUGGGCUUACUGUAUUUUAGCAGGAGCAUUGGUGUCUGAAGGAGCAACUCUCCUUGUUGCUGUAAAUGAACUUCGACGGAGCGCUCAAGCUAAAGGAAUGUCAUUUUAUAAGUAUGUAAUGGAAAGUCGAGACCCCAGUACAAAUGUGGUAUUGUUGGAGGAUACUGCAGCAGUCUUAGGAGUGAUACUGGCAGGCACCUGUAUGGGUGUGACUUCUUUAACAGGCAAUCCACUCUAUGACUCCCUGGGUUCCUUAGGUGUGGGAACCUUAUUGGGAGCAGUAUCAAUGUUUCUCAUCUACACAAACACACAAGCACUUUUAGGUCGGUCAAUCCAACCUGAGCAAGUGCAGCGGCUAACUGACCUAUUGGAAAAUGACCCAUCAGUAAGGGCAGUUCAUGAUGUUAAAGCCACAGACUUGGGACUGGGUAAAGUUAGAUUUAAGGCUGAAGUAGAUUUUGAUGGGAAAGUUGUUACACGGUCUUAUUUGGAAAAACAGGACUUUGACCAGAUGCUUCAGGAAAUCUUGGAAGUAAAGACUGCUGAGGAAUUAGAAACCUUUAUGCUUAAGCAUGGCGAAAAUAUUAUUGAUACUCUAGGAGCUGAAGUAGAUCGACUUGAGAAGGUGCUGAAGAAACUAAAUCCUGAAAUACGCCAUGUAGAUUUGGAAAUAUUAUAAAUUUGAUGGAAUAUCUUUGGUGAACACCCUUGGAAAUAGUUUUGUCCAGUACUAAGCAAAACCACAGUGAUAUCAGCAGCGUACCUCCUCUACCAGCUUUCCUUAUGCUGAAGUAGUCAGCACAAUGCAGAAGCCAUUUUGGGGGAAGAAUCUUAGGGGAAAUGUCUUAUAUGAAAGGCUAUUUGUUUCCAUAUGAGAAAUACUAUAAGUUGAGUUAAUUUUAAAAAUCAUGUUUUUGUGUUUCAACAGAUACAUUUUUCAUUUCUCAUUCUUAGUUUCCCCUGUCAGCUUUGUAUAGUAUUUCAAAAUCAUGUUUCUUUUCUUUAUACUAGUGAACAUAGAUGGAGUCUAUAGGAUUAUUAUUUAUAAUAUUGAGGCCAAUGAAUGCUUUACUCCAUCACAGUCUCUCAGUCCUGAACACGAUGACAUAGUCUAGGUGAGUGGUGUAUACUUCCUUCUCUUAGUGAAAUGGUACUUUGUGUCUGCUCUUGCUUACAGAGCUUGGAAUAUUAUUUCUACUUGCUUAAGUGAUUCUUGGCCUGGCUGCUAACAACAAAUAUUUUUUCUUUUUAAAUAUGGUAAACUGUAUAUGCUGGGUCCAGGUAUGAUGCAGUUACUGGACUGAAUGAAGGCAUUCUUGAUGGAAUCUUUGAGAAAUAGUAGAGCCUCUAUUUUUCUGUGUACUAUUCUUUUUUCUUUAUUUUGAGUAAUAUUUAUUAAAAUAACGAAUUAUAACAUGAUCUUGGAAAUUUCCUAGAAACUAUGGACUUGUGGUGACUGUUUAUUUUUUUCCUUUCAGUAAUACCACAUUAUGUAUUUACCAGGAGAUAAGGUACAUAUCAAAGUUUUAAUGUUCUGUAAAAUAUAUUAGAAAUAUUUAUAAUUUUACAGACAGGAAGACAUUUUUUUAAUUUAUUUAAGCAGAGGCCCAACUUAUGUAUUUCUGAAUUGUAGAUUGUUUCUUAUUUUAAAGCGAGCCCCUCACGUGUGAAGUGAAACAUCCUAAAAACUAUGUGAGUGACUUUCUUAAUAUUGAUUGUAUAAAUUCAGAUACCUGAAUUGUGAGUUUCUAAUAUUUACCAAAUGGGCAUUUGGGACAACUAGAUUGACAAUAACAGAUAAUUUAAGCAAAUAGUUUUCUAAUGACUUUCUGAGUUGUAAUGAUUAAAUGGUGGUAUAGUUCACUAGUUGGAAAUUCAAUAAAAGAACUGCUGUUGCGUGUCUCUUUGUUCUCCAAAACAACCAACUCCAUAUGCACUUUAGAAUUUUCAGGUAAAAGUGAGUGUUGGCCCAUGGAAGGGUAAGGGACAAGGUGAAAUUAUAAUAGUCAUUCUUUUGCUAGGUUAGCUGGUGCUUUGGAAGAGAAGUGGAACACAAUUUUGAAAUAGUCUCCAAAAAAUUAUUUGGAUUAAAUUUUGUGAAUUAUAGCAAAUUACAGUUCUGGAGACCAAAACAUCAGCAUUUGAUCCAGUGGUUUGCAAUGGUAUUUUUUAUCCUAAGAUGUCAUUUACCAGGAAAUUUAUAAGAAUUUGAACUGGCAUACAGUUUUGACUAUUACUGAGCAUUGCCUAUGCUCUGAAUUUUAAGUAAAAUGACAUUCCAAAAAGUUUUUUUUUAAGGAGCAUGAAAUUGCACAUAAUGUAUAUAAUUUUAUGCCAUGUUCAUGUGGUAUCAGUAUCCUUAACCCCAUUUUUGUUUUGUCAGUCUGUUUUUUUUUUAUUCUAAUUUUUCUCUAUCCUCUUCUUUCUCCCUGCCUCCCACCAGCUAAUUGUUGUCCUGUGUAAGUGCCAUCUGCAAAGAAGCUGGCUAUAAUCCAACUUCUGUUAUAAUUGUUAAUUUAUAAAAUUUAACAGAGCUAGACAUUAGAAUUAACCCUCUAAAGUCAGCAAAAGCUCAAGGCUGUCACGGAGAAAUUACUUAGACAUUUUAGAUUCUUUGAAAGUCCUAAAAAAGAUGAGAAGUGUGUUUUUGAUUCUUUUUUUUUUUUUAGGUUGCAAUGCUUUUAUUAAAUUCUUACAAAACAGAAUACAAAAUUCUGGCAUUUGAUAGUUGUUAUAAAGAAAAACUCUUGAGCUGUAUCAGUUUACCUGGUACCCCAUGGUUUUGAUUCUUGAUAACUCUUUGGUUUAAUCUGGUUCUAAUUUUUGUUACACCUCAACAUUUCCUGUGCUGGUGAUAACAUAACCAUUAUUGGAGAACAUUGAUGGUUGAAAAUCACGUCACUGCUUUUUCUUUUCUUCCUUUUCCUUUACUUUCAGGUGGUUUUAAAUAACAUUUUUUAUGUAGGAACAAAUUUGAGUAUUUAGUAAUUUGGCUAUUAGAAUUUUUUUUUUUUUAGUGAGGCAAUUGGGGUUAAGUGACUUGCCCAGGGUCACACAGCUAGUAAGUGUUAAGUGUCUGAGACCGGAUUUGAACUCAGGUACUCCUGACUCCAGGGCCGGUGCUUUAUCCACUGCGCCACCUAGCCGCCCCCUUGGCUAUUAGAAUUUUGAACCAGGAAACCUUAAAAAACACUCUCUCACUAGACCACAUUAUCUUCAUUUUAAAUUUUAAACAGACUAAAAUUCUCUAGUCAGAGAAUUGGAAUUCUUACAAACUGAGAGGCAUAUAGGCAAUAGGGUGUCAUUUUUUGAAAACCUGAAAUGCUUUGAAAGUUUUAGGUUCCUACCAUCUUAAAUGAUAAGAAUUUAAUACUACAAAUGAAUAAAUUGGGGAAAAUAUAACCGAUGAGAUAAUAGUUGUAAAAUAUCCAUUAUUGGGAGGGGUGUGACUAAAGUAGUUCUAACAUCUUCAGUGUACAUUUACCAGUUAUACAUGACACAAUUAUUUGUAUGUGUAUGUCAUAUACUUGCAUAUUUUCAUAAACUAGGUAGUAUGUGGCACCAAUAAUCUAAAAUGAGAAAUAGGGAUUAUUCAGUUUUGCUUAAUUAUCUAAAGCAAGUCAUUCAGAAGUAUUUGAAUUUUGAGACAAACCCAGAAAUUUGUUUUCUGAGUCUUUUGAAAUUUAUUUUAAGCAUUAUAAUUCAGAUUUCCCAUCAAAUUGUGUAAGCUAUCUUAAAGAAGAAAAGAUGCUCCUUAGAUGUUGGUGAUUAGAAUCAAGUAGAACAGGUCUUGCAUUGUACAUUGAAGAACAGUAAAUUAGACAUGGGUAGGCAGGCAUUCUAGCUGCAAAGGCUUCUUUAUUCCUGAGUAGCUGGAGCUGACAUCUAGGAACUAUCAUUAAGAAUGGCAUAGUUUUUCUUAACUCUUACAAGUUCAUAACAAGUGAAAUGAUCUUUAAUCAUCAUCUUUAAUGUAAGAGUGCACAUUUUUACAAAAUGGCAAUGACGAACUUAUUUUAAAUGGGCUAUCCAGCCGAAUUUUGAUUAGAGCUUUAAGACACACUCCCAUCAGAGGCCUGUCUGUUAAGCACUAGUCUCCAAUAUUCUGGAGAGAGAUAGGGUAUUAGGAUCAUUAAAUAACUGCUGACAUUCAGAUCAGAAACAUUUCCCAACAUUUAAAAAAAUAAUAAAACUAACCUAAUAUGACCAAAUUAUCCCAAAUGUUAAAUUAUCAUAUUACUAGGGGUUGUGAUAUGUGCUCUUUACUCGUGUCCUUUCAUAAUUCAGAUAACAUUUCUACGUCCAUUUUAAAUUUAAUAUACUUUUCAAGGAAACUGUUUUGAGGUGUUGAAAGUUGGGUGCAGAAGACUUGCAAAAACAUUUAAAGUGCAUAUUUUUUGUCCUUAUAUAGAAAUUGUGAUGAUUUAGCAUUUUAAAAUGUAACAACCUCCAAUUUGUUAAACUGUCAGAAAUGAGUGACACAAAGAGUUAAAGAUAAGCUGGAUACACUUGAUUCUGAAGAGGUUUCCCAUAAAUUUUUUUCAUUGCCAUCCUUUAGAAGCAACACUUUGUAAGGCACUUAGAGAAAAGGUUUGUCUAGCAGUAUUUAUUUUGCAUAUAAAUUUGCUACCAUAUCUAAAAUCCGGUUUUGUGGAGAAGAGACAAUUCUACUUUCUCUUGGUUUGUAUUUCAUCUGUUUGAUGUUAUUGGUAAAGUACGCUGGCCAUGAUGCUUCCUUUUUUUCUUCAAUAAAUGUCAUAUGCAAA